AUGGAUUUGUGUUUAAUUAUAUACAAUAUAUACAAUAAGGGACCAAAACCUCUGCCUAUAUUUGGGAAUUUGCUGUCGUAUUUCAUAACAGCGCGACCACAUCUGGCCGUCCAGUGGCAGAAAUUAUAUGGCACUGUAUAUGGGAUCUAUUCGGGAAACAGACCGGUGCUAAUAGUGGCCGAACCGGAGCUCAUAAAACAGAUUUGUGUGAAAGACUUUAACGUCUUCACUGAUCGCAACACUAACACCAGAAGGCAUCCGAUUCUGAGCCGCCAUUUGGUGGCCGAAAGCGGCGACGACUGGAAACGGAUCCGAUCUAUAGUGACGCCGACGUUCAGCUCCGGGAAGAUGAAGAAAAUGCUUUCGGCAAUAAUAACAUAG